AUGACCAGUGAAAGUGAGGCGAAGGCUGUGAUAUACAAGAAAACUGCCGAGUAUCUUGACAGUGGAGUUCAGAUGAUUUUUGAAGACAGUGAUAGUGGAGUUCAGUGGUAUCUUGAAGAGGAUGCGCCAGAGCCAGUGAAGCCAGCGAAGAGACGAAAAUUAGUUAGUGAAGAAAUUUCAGAAAUCAAAUCGCACGCGAAUAUUUUGACCACUGAACACGACAAGAAAGAAGUUCUUCGGGUAUUUGUAAGUGACUUUGCUGGACAAUCAAUCUAUUACGAUACGCAUGGCUGCUUUGUGAAACCGCAUUGCCCUUAUGUUUUGGUUCACAACCUUUCUCUGGAGUUUGAUAAACCCGCCGUUCCCAGGUUUAAAGCAAGUGAGGAAGAGGAAGAGAUAGAGAUGAACAAUCCUCAUCUUAAUACAAAUUUAGAUAAUUUUACAUCAUGGCUGAAGUUUCUGCAAGGUUUAGGAGAAUACCAAGAUCAACAGUUUCCUUAUAAAUCUGGUCACUGUACCACUGCAAACGGUGAGAACUUUAGACUGCCACCAGUUUUAAUAGUUUUAACUCAUAGUGAUGAGGUGAAAGGCAACGACAGCAAAAUAAAUUGCGUACGAAAGAGAAUCAAGAAGGUCUUGUCUGGAGGAAAAUAUGAGAAUGUCGACCCACAGUUUUUCCUGAUCGACAAUACAUUGGAAAACGACGACGGAGACGACGUGCGAAAGCUUCGUAGAAAGCUUUUCGACCUCUCAAAUGGAGUCCUCGACCAGGAGAUUUCAAUGCCUGUGAAGUGGCUAGAUUUUGAAGUUGCUCUAAGCCGGAAACUAUUACCAGAUAGCAAGUAUAUUCCAGUUGACGAAGCUAAGCAGGAAGCGGAGGCCUGUGGCGUUGGGGAAUUUGAUCAAGCUAUCAAAUUUCUACACCGCCAAGGUGUGGUCGUACAUCACAGUGGAUCCAGCAAGGUUGUAUUGGACCCUCACUGGCUAAUGAAUCGCUUUACGACAGUGAUCUCCAUGCCUUGGCCAGGCACGCUCUUGAUCUGUUCAAGCAGAAAGGCAUUUUGUUUCGAGAAUAUCUUCAGACGCUGGAAGACGCAGAACUUUUAGAAGAGCUUAUGCAAAAGUUUAAUUUGAUUUGUCUUGACCAGUACGAUGGAAAGACAGCUUUUUAUGUCCCUUCAGUUGCCCCAGCUAUGGCACCAGGAAAGGAGUUAGAAGCUAGCAAAACGGAGUUGAAUGUUCCAUCGCUGUUUGUGACAUUUCCUCGCAAACUUGUGCCGAUAAGCCUAUUUACGAAGCUUCAAGUGAAGUUAAUUUCUGAGUGGAAAAAGCGCUUCCCCAAUCAACAAGCCACGCCUUCUUUCUACUGCAACUACUCCUUGCUUCCGCUUAUUAUAGACGGCGACGUGUAUGACGUUUGUUUAAUCGACCUCCAUGAGUUCAUCAAGGUUGCCGUUUUUCCAAAACAGGAUGGAUACCAUUUCAAGUUUGCCAGUCAUCUCCUAGCCACUCUGAAAAAGUGCUUGGACGACCUCAAAUCUCCAGACCAACUAUUAUUCAGCAUGACCAGCUAUGACCUCGAAGUGGAAUGUACCUGCUGCUUUGGUAAAGAAGAAAUAAAGUGUUCUCGUCAUCGUGAGAUCCAGUGCCAUUCAGACCGUUGUGGGCACCGCCACUUCUGGAAGCUUAGUGACCUUCAGAGAUUCUACAAUGAUAAAUCCCCUGCAGUUUGCCGGUUGGACAAACACUCAUCCAAGGUGUUUGACAUAAAGAGUGUAAAAAUUUGGCUCAAUAGUGGUAAGUGGCUAGCACUAAAGGCGUUUUUACUAUGCCAGUUUUGAAUUGUUUAUUUGACAAUUUUUAAUCAUAUUUAACAAUCAGAUAAGUGUCUAAUUAUUAAAUAUGAGUUGUAUAUUUUUCCUUAGUAUUAUAGUGAUGUAUCUGAUUAGUUGAUAAUUUCUGAGUGAAAUUCGACGAGCAUUAAUGGACUAUUUGCAUUACAGACUAAAUUUUGAUCUAGACAAGUCUAGACAAAAAUUUUAUCACAGCUUUAAAGAGCAUCACAAAAUUAGUAAUAUUCCAAAGUUUCGUUGCGAAAUGUUGUAAAAUGCGGAUAAUAUAGCCUUGCGAAGUUUGCCAUUUUUCAGUCAUUUUUCAUUCAUGCUACGACCGAUCUCAAGGACAUUCUGAACUGUUGGUAGACUCGCUUAUCUAAUUCAUUGUGGAUAUUAUGGAUAUUAUUGUGCAUGGAAAAUAUUUUGCUUGUAAGUUCUUGUUGAGUAAUUCAAAUAAAGAUUUGUGGUUCGGGUCUCCAUAAAAUGUCAACUUCAGGCCCAUAGACUCAAUAUAUGUCACACAUAAUAUAUCUAAAUCUAAGGACUGUCCAUGGGGGGUUACCCCCCAUGUUCAGGUUAAGGGUUUUGUGCCUUUGGUCAGGUUAAGGACUGUCCAUAGGGGUUUUGCGCUCCGAUUGGUCAGGGUAAGGACUGUCCAUACUGGGGUCUUGUGCUCUAGUUGGUCAGGUUAGGAUUGUCCAAGUGAAUCUUGGUCAGAUUAUCAGUGCCAGUUCAGAAUCAGUGCAGCUAAUAGGGUGUGACAUAUGAGUAGGCAUGAUGCUUGUCAUAUACUGUAAAUGGACUCUUCACAACCCCGAACCCCUCUCCCACAAAAUAAAGAUCUGUGUUUAAUAUUGUGUUGUCAACUUGGGUCAUUAAUCAAAAUUUAGCCUAUAAUGCAAAUAGUCUAUUGCACUGUUUUGCAAAUGUUAUGUGGUGGUAAAGUAUCUGCUGAUAAGCUAAAACGUUCUCUUAAAGACAUCACGAAAUAUCAGUGAGAUAUUUUGUGAUGUCUUUACUAGUGAAGAUGUCGAUGCAGACAGCACCGGCCAGAAUGUGUGCUGUUUAGUUUUCUGUUUGUUUGGUUAACUGAUAUAGAUGGUUUUAUAAUUAUAUUCUUGUGGUGAAAGCAAUAUUUUACUAAUUCGCUACGCUUAGGCCCGUUUCAUACGCCGUACUACACAUGUGCCGAAUACAUUAAAGACAAUAGAUAAUGAGCUGAAAUGCCUCAUUACCUAUUGUUUUUAAUGUAUUCGGCACAUGUGAAGUACGGCGUAUGAAACGGGCCUUAUUCAUAAAGUAUUAUUUGCACUUGGUACACGUCAUAAAUUAGCGGACAUAUUCAAACUCAUUUACAUAUCAAACAAAUUGAAAUAUCUCGGGAACAAAGCAUAAAAACAAGAAACUGGAAAAUAUAAAUUACACUACAACUUUCAUUUAAGAAAAUAAGAAAUUUCAUGUCAUAUACACUUUAAAAGCAAGAUUUCAAUUUCCAGAAGCAUAUAUUCGGAAAAUCACGUUUCACACAAUGUGCUUUGAAGCAAUUUUUGUUUGAAGAAAUGAGAAGAAUUGAUUUACUAUGGAAAAUCGUGAAAUAUAGGGCAAGUUUGCUUUGAAUGUUUAAUGUUUAUGAAUUUUGUUGCUUUAAUAAUUUUAAUAUUGCGCAAAACAUGCACGGCUGUUUUCCUUUUCAUUGAAGCUGUAAGUUUCCUAAAUUACCCUGUUUAAUUUAAGAAAAAAAGGUAAAUGUAAAGGAGAGCAAAUUAAUUUGAAGACCUAACUAAAAUUACUCAACAAUUUGAAGUAAAAAGACAAAUCGCAGCAGUUAAUCAAGUUAUGAUGAUCGGCAAAAGCAGUUUAGUUAUUAAAAUGAACAUUUCAAAACAUUUUACGAAGCGAUUCAGGUUAAAUUUUACAUUAAAUCAAAGCUCACAAAAUCCAGAACAACAUAACUACAGUACAUAUUUCGGAAAUUCAUUGUUAUAUAGUUAAAAGCAAUAAUCUUUCGACUAUUUUUGCCGUGUUGUGCAAAAGUAUAAUGAAAAUUAAAACGAUCGUGACUGACGUAAACGCGAACCUGCGUUCAGUGUUGAUCAAUUACUAAUACUUCAUGUUAAAUCAAUAUUUGGAAAAUAUGGGCGAGGGGUUGCUGCAUCCAUGUAUUUCUAAUCAGUUUACUAUUCAAUGAAUUGAAGUACUGUAUUUUGUAUUCUGCGAAGGUACAGCAAUGCGUGUUCUUGUUAACUUUUACAGUUUUAUUGAAAGAAAACGCUUUAAAAUGGCUUCAUAUUUAUUAAUAAUUCAAGCACGUUAGGUGAAAGAACAGCCCGAAAAUAAGUAAAACACACACCAAAUCAUUGUGGGAGAAUGGGUUCAGGGUGAAGUGAACCAAUUAUAUACAUUAUACUCUCAAACUCUGGUCAACCCAAAGACUCAUUAAGCCUUAUGUUUUCAUCCCGCACGCGUAUAUAUAAGACCUGCUAGGACAGACUGAAUGCUCCAUAGGAGCUCUGCCCGAAGGGUAGCGACCCCCUCUGAUAUAGACCUGAACCAAGGGGUGAUAAUCCCCUUGGACAGUACCUGCGAUUCGACUGAUUAUAUUUACAUAAAUAACCUGAGUCUAUGGGCCUGAAGUUGACCAUUGGGAACACUUCAACCCCGAACUAAAAUUUAUUUGUUUGAACAUAAACCAAUUUAAGUAUUUACAUAGCGAUAAUUUUCCAUGAGAAAAUUGUUCGAUAGUCUUUCUUGACAAAUUGUUCUUGAACAGUCCUUGCAUAACAUUAGUACCCAUACAGUACAAUGCACCAGAUACCAGGAACAUGAACGGGUGGGUGGGUGGAAAUUUUCUUUCUCGGUAACAAGACAUUGCUCUUUGUUGGGAUAUUUGUCAAAGUGAACUCCCUUAUCACAUUGACCUUUGUUCUGCGUGUUCGUUGUUGACAUAUAAUUGGUCAGUUGAUCUUUCAUUCGGUUUACACAUUGCCCAGAGAAACAUUUGAACUUUGGACUAUUGGAUAUCGCCUUUUUGUGGCUGUUGACAAGCUUAUCCUGUUACUAUGAGAUUAUAACCAGGUUUGAAGGUGACAAAUGUGUUGUCUCAUUAACUUGAAUUUAUAUAUUGUUGUAUAUAAAUUUGCUCAAAUAUGCCUUUUACAAAACAUGCAACGAACAACGAACGUUUUUCAAUAAUGUUCUCACGUGUUAAGGUCACGUGUCAUUCUUUAUCAAUGAAUGUCAACAAUGUUCCUAAUUUAUCUUUAUAUGUUCAUAUGUAUACUAGUAUAUCCUAACACCUCCACUCACACUCAGCUUCACACUGUCUAUGAUGAGUCUGGUUUACUUGGAUAAGUUCCCUAAUAAAACAGAACGAUGUUUCUCUACUUUAACACGCGGUAAAGACUUUGUUAAAAUGUCUGCUGUCAUCUCUUCAGUUGGGAUGUAGUGGGUUCCUACUUCUUCGUUUUCACUCUUUCUCGGAUGAAAUGUAAUUUUGUAUCGAUGUGUUUCGAUCGUUUGUGCAUUACUGGAUUAUGACACAUCUUGAUACACGACUGAUUAUCUUCUCCAAUAUCGGUUGUUUUUUCAUAGGAUAACCAAAAUCUUUCAUUAGUGCUCUAAGGUAGAUGCUUCUUGCACUGCUGCUGCCAUAGCUUGAUGUUCUGCUUCUGUAGAUGAUAACGCAACUGUUGCCUGUUUCUUUACUUCCCAGCUUACAGCUCCACCAUCACCUUCAAAUUUGAAGUAGUAGCCAGUUGUGGAUCUUCGAUCGUUCACGUCACCACUCCAAUCUGCAUCUGAAUCACCCAUAAGUUUAACGUUGGAAUUCUUAAGAAAGGUUAAUCAUAGAUUAAUUGUACCUUUAAGAUAUCUUAAGACGUGUUUUGCUGCUUUCCAAUGCGACAUAUCGGGAUUUUCAAGAAAUCUCGACAAUUGGUUGACAAUAUGAAGAAUGUCAGGAUGUGUUUGUUUCCCAAUGUAUAGAAGCGAUCCAACUAGACUUCGAUAUAACUUCGGAUUAACUAAUUCGUGCUCUCCGCUGGCUUUAACUAACUUGAGAUUGACUUCUCCAGGAGUUGCCAUAGGCUUGCAAUCACUCAUGUUGAACUGUUCAAGAACGCUCUCAAUGUAUCUCUCUUGAUCUAUUGUGAUCAUGUUCUCCGAUCUUAAAAUUCGCAUUCCCAAGAACCAGUGUAAAGUGUCUCGAUCGUCCAUCUUGAAAUUCUCUUUCAGUAUCGAUUUGAUUGCAUCAAUGAUUUCAUCGUUGACUCCCGCUACUAUGAUGUCGUCAACCCAUACCAGUACGUACGAAAACGUGCCAUCUGUUUCUUUCCUAACAAAGAGACAAUAGUCGUUGCGACUUCGCUGAUAACCUUUGCUGACGAGGAGGUUUGCUAGUGUUUCGUACCAAUUCUUUGCUGCUUGCGUAAGACCAUAGAUAGAUUUAUUUAAUUUGCACACUAGUUUCUGUCCGUUUUCUCCUUGCUUGACAAAACCUUCGUGUUGCUCAAGAUAAAUUUCUUCUUAAAUGGUUGAGUGAAGAUAAACUGAUUUUACAUCCAUUUGACCAAGAUGUAGAUCUUUCUGUGCUGCUAUUGCUAACAAUAUUCUGAAAGUCUCUGGUUUGCAUGUAGGGCGUAAGUAUCGGAGAAAAGUCCAAGCCUUCGACUUGAGCAAAACCUUUUGCUACGUAUCUAGCUUUGUACUUAUCAAUUUGUCCAUCUGCUCCAUACUUGACUUUGUAUACCCAUUUUCCAGGUAAAACUUUUCUAUCUUUCGGUUCUCGAACAAGUGUCCAAGUGUUAUUGUCCUCAAGCGAUUCGAAUUCUGCUUGCAUUGCUUGUUUCCAAUAUUUAGCUUGUGUUGAACUUACAGCAUCUUUGUACGUUUUUGUUUCGUUCCCCGCAGGAACGAAACGGUACUGUAUUUGGUUUCGAGCAAUUAUCACAGGAAAGUGACGUCAGAGAUCAAAGUUAUCCAAUCCUUUGCCAGUAUUCUUGCUGAAACGUCAAUUACAUUUAGAAUCGUCCAAUGAGAUGACCGCUCCUAGCAUAAGAAGUUUUUUGGAGGCGUGGCGUAUAAUCGGAAAUCUUAGUUAAUUGUAUAUCAACCUAUGAGAACAUGCUAACUUAACCUGAAGUUCAGGCCCUAAUUUUAAAUAGGGCCUGACACAAAACCUGUCUAGACCGUGGGACGCUCACAUGUUAUUUUUAGACACAGCAUGCAAUAUGAUUGACAAGUGUUAUAGAUUUCGUUACACAAAAAAAUUAUAUUCUCAUGAACAUGUCCGCAGAGUGUGCAUUUCGCUUUUUAAUUAAACUUUAAAAUUCAAGGUACUUUUAUAUAAUUAAGAGUCAGUUUCCCUAUUUAACCGAACAGCAAACGAAGAUUCAAUUAGUCAGUUCUGUGUACAGCUUGACUGCCAAGCUUUCUCAAGGUCUCAACUUGCUGGACGCGGAUAUAUACCAGGGAUAUACUUUUCCGGGCUAACAACAGCAACAAUAAAAUUCUCAAUCGUACCACGAAGAAGGCGAUGUAGCUCAGAAAACAACACCGGUAGGAUAUUAAAAAUAAGACUUUUGCCGGCGAAGCCAGUUGGCAGAACAUCUUGGCUGUCAACAACAAACUUUCGAAUAGAUGACUAGUUUAGUUUGGCUGUUCUUUCAGCGUCGUGUGUCCAAAAUUCGUCAAAGAUUUUGAUAAAGACCUUCAAAAUACUCUUUGUUUGAUUUAUUUUCUGCCAUAAAGCAUAUUAAAAGAAAAGAAAUUCGAAUAAAUCGAUAAUGGAUUUGUUACGUGCGUUUGACCUUUAUAUUAUUAUUGUCCCCUUGAGCCCUUGACCGAGCUAUUUUUAAAACUGUUGUUUAUGUGAACUUGCAACCAAUCAAAAUCUUAGGGCCUGAACUUCAGGUCAAAAUCUACAGGCACGAUGAUUUAUAUUUGAAGUAUUCAAGCGCCAACAGCGGUAUAUAUAUAUAUUUAUUAUAUAGUUUUCUUUGUUUUUCUUCAUUUUAAAUACUACUACUGUAUUUGUGGACCGCUCGGCCCCUCCAGGUAUAAUGAAAAUUGAUAGAACCCGCCCGCCUCACAAAAUGAACCGAUUUCAUUGCUCGACAUAUACAAGUGAUCUAUGGUCACAACCGCUAAUUAUAGACGUCUGGUAUUUCUAUAAUUAUAUUGGAACGAAACAUUAUUUCUUUUUUAAAGAAAUAUUUUCUUGUUGGUUCUGUGACAGUUUCUUCUUGGGUUGUUUUGAAAGUAAAUGGGUUACCGUAUCUUUCGGGAGGUCGUCUAUUUCUAUUUGCUCUUGGAAGUGAUGUUCCUCUUCAUCUUCCAAUUGAUCAUGUGUAUUUGGGAUUACUUCUCUAUUUCCCUCCACUUUAUCUUCGACCGGUUUCUCGGUGGUUUGGUCAUUUGAACGUUCGUUGUCAAGAUCAAUGUUUGGACUUUCCAAAAAGGACUCUUCUGGUCUAGCAUUCUCCCUUGCUGAGAAUGACUGAAUUUCAUCUUCUUUGAAGAGAACGUUACGGGCUUUGAUGAUUUUCUUUGUAGAAAACUCUUGUAAAAUGUACGCUGUACUCUUGUCAUCGUAACCGAGGAAUUUUGUUUUCACAGAUCUGGAAUCGAGCUUUCGUAAGUUGACUUUUAUUUUCCUUACAUAAGCUGUGCAACCGAAUACUCUAAGAUGAUUUCUUCUUGGUGCUUUACCAGUGAAUAGUUCAAAAGGACUCAUGUUUUGGUUGCUGUUUAUGCUCACUGUGAGAUUUCGAAUGUGGACUGCGGUAGCUAAAGCUCUUACCCAAUAACUCUUUGGUAAUUUUGCUUCAAUGAGUAAACACCGUCCCAUUUCUACUAAAGUUCGAUUAAAGCGUUCUGCGACGCCAUUUUGCUGUGGUGUUUCAGGAACUGUGAAUUCUUGUUUUAUCUUUGAAUCUCCGCAAUAAUUUUUAAAUUGCUUGGCUGUAUACUCUGCCCCAUUAUCUGUCCGUAAUCUUUGGGAUGUUCCUGCUUCCGCCACGUAUUCUUUGAAUUUGUCGAGAACUUGGGACUUGUUAUUCAUAUACUUUACAACUGAAUACUUCGUAUAUUCAUCUAUGAAGGUAACUGCAUAUUUUGACCCAUUUAGACUAGCUACUUCGAAAGGACCGAGAAUGUCUGAAUAAACAAGUUCGAGAGCUUUCCGAGCUUUGGUUUGUACUUCUUUUGGUACUGGUUUGCUUGCUUGUUUUCCCAUUGCACAUGUUUCGCAUACGUCUUUCGAGUUAUUCUUACAUCCAAUAGUACGCUCAACAUCAACUUUGUUGAGAUGCCCCAGACGUUUGUGCUAUAAACCGAUAUCUCCUUUGAUAUCUCCUUUGCUCGUGUUGCAAGUGACUGGGUCGAUUAGGUUUCGAAAGGUGACUUUUAGGAAGAACAGACCAGUGUCUUUCUUUAAGUUAAUUUCAUGACCAUCAUUCAACACCAUUCUUGCUUUACUCUCGUGAAAUAUGAAUCUAUGGCCAAAAAUAACGGCUGUAUUGACUGAAAGGAGGUUUACCUCAUAGCUUGGUACAUAAAGAACAUUUCUUAGGACCAUUUCUGCCAUCUUUCCAUCCAUUAACUGGACCGUUAUUGGCACGUCGCCAAUUCCUUCAACAGGUGUGAGGUUUCCUUUGGGAUCUCUAACACUCUUUUCAUUACAAGGACGUAGAUUUUCAAAGACAUUAUUUUGAUUUAUGAUGGGAUCUGUACAACCAGUGUCCACGAUUAAAUAAUUUGACUAUUCUGAGCCAUUGUUUUCUUCUUGCAAAGGACUUACGAAACAAUUGGAAUAAGAUGAGACUGCAGGUGGUUCUUUUCCUUGAGAUUUUUCUGUUUUCCCAGCACUUCUACAAGCUUUUGCCAAGUGACCUCUUUUCUUGCAUAUGGAACAUGUUGCUGAGCUCCUUUUAUUACAUUGUUUUGCGAAAUGUCCUGGAUUUCCACAAACAUAGCAAUUUUUCGUCUGUGGUGUCGAACUCUUAUUUCUAGCUUGUCUAUUUGAAGAAUGCAUUGCCACUGACGAAUUAUCUUCCGUUUGAUUUCUUUGUAUUCGACUGUUUUCAUAAUUUUGCAGUCGGGUUCUUAGUUCAGUAAAUGUCGACGCUGGAUUAAAACUUUCUUAUACAACAAAAUGUUCGUAUUUGUCUGGAAGACCAUUAAUAAUUAAUGCAUUAAACAGUGUUUCUGAUAUUUUCUCACCAGCUUCAGAUUGUCUUAUGAUAUUAUGUAAUAUAUGGCAAAAUCAUUAAACUAAACUAAACUAAACUAAACUAAACUAAACUAAAUAAACUAAACCCCUCCAUCAUUAAAAAAUUCUUACAUUCCCUCCUAAAAUAUUUGCUUGGAAAUGUCUGACACCACCCUUCCCUCAUUUCAUACCAGCCCCCUCCUGUAUUAAUAAGGAACGGUCCCUAAAGCCGGAAAAUUUUUUUAAAAUGAUUAAAUGAUUAGUCUGCCAAAAGAAAGACAUUAAAUCACAGGGGGGCAUAUGGAACAUGUUGCUGAGCUCCUUUUAUUACAUUGUUUUGCGAAAUGUCCUGGAUUUCCACAAACAUAGCAAUUUUUCGUUAAACAGUGUUUAAACAGUGUUAAACAGUGUUUCUGAUAUUUUCUCACCAGCUUCAGAUAGUCUAGACAUAAGCUCUUGAGAACGUAUAAAACAUUCGUGUAAUUUUUCAUCUUCUCCGAGCUGUAAACGCGAUAACUGUCUCACUAGACUUACUACGGUAGGCUUUUCCACGUUUGAAUAACGUUGCUGUAAUAAACGCCACGCUUUUGCUCCAUCACCCGUUCCAUCUGGGGACAAACAAUCAUGUCGAAUAUACAUAAGACUUGUUUGUCUAGUGCUAACGCAAUAUGACACCAAACGCUAUUCUUUCGCUCGUCGAUUUCUUUAAUUUGUUGAUUUUGUUGCUCUACUUGAGCUGUCCAUUCUGCUCUUUCAUCGGCUGUGGCUGCUUCGGUUAACGGAGUGACUUCUGGCAUUAAAACUUCCUUAUCGAGAAGUGACUUGUACAAACCUUUUGUUUGCAUAUACGCCAUAAAUUUCGUACUCCAUGCUGGAUAAUCCUCAGCUAAACUUGUGAAACAUAGCCACUUUAUAGUGUGACUGUCCAUUGUGGAAUCUACUGGGCCCAUAACCUGUUAACUUUUAUAGUUUUAUUGAAAGAAAACGCUUUAAAAUGGCUUCAUAUUUACAAAUAUGCCUUUCACAAAACAUGCAACGAACAACGAACGUUUUUCAAUAAUGUUCUCACGUGUUAAGGUCACGCGUCAUUCUUUAUCAAUGAAUGUCAACAAUGUUCCCAAUUUAUCCUUAUAUGCUCACAUGUAUACUAGUAUAUCCUAACAGUUCUUACACUGACAACUACUAACAGCAAUUAUUAUGCAUAUAUGUUAUUUACCGGCUGCGAGUUCUGUACGGAAAAAAAUAUUUUCCCGAGGUCUCAGAAGCGGCGCGAGGGACGCUUCUCAGGCCGAGAGAACAUUUUUUUAGUGCAGACCGACCUAAACGGUAAAUAACGUGUUUAUUUUUUAUUUGAUGCAUGGUUCAUGCUUAUAACAAAAUUCCGAUAAAAUUCCAGUUGCGAAGUACAUUUGAGAUCAGUUGCGUUUGUUACUUUGGUGCAAACAUCGCUGACAAACUGUUAAAACUACGAGCUGUCUUCUAUCAUAGCUGCAUCAGGCACUUAAAAAAACAGAUGAAAUAAUUAAACAUAGGGGAUAUAAGGCUGCGCAAAUUAAGAUAUGGACUUUGAUUUCGCGUUGAGUUUGACGUCUGCGUUGCUUGAUCGCGGAAAUCACAUGAUAGUUAGUCAUUAUAUAAAAUUCACUUUCUUCCUUGGCAACAAACCACAACCUGUACCUGUGUAGGUUGGUUCAUCGUCAUCUUUGUUUUUCAAAGCAAUCAUACCGACAGAUUUAACACACUUUCCCAUUCUUUGAACGUAGUUGUCUUUUUUUGUUAUAAAGGGAAAAAACAAAAAAUGAAGAUUUUGACCAAACAAAGUUAGGGUACUAAUAAUUAUAACAACAAUAACAAUAAAGAUGAGGACAGGGAUAAGGAUGAUAAUAAAUACGAUAUUAUUUCAAUCAUAACUCAUAGUGGGGCCCUGUGACCUUAACCAAACAAUUACCUAAGCUUGAAGCUUCACUUCAGUCUUCAAUUGACCAUCUGAAGUUCGAGCUGUCUUCCACUAUAGCUGCAUCGGGCACUUGAAAUAAUUAAACAUAGGGGAUAUAAGGCUGCGCGAAUUAAGAUAUGAAUUCUAUCACAUGAUUGGCAGGUUGGUAUCACAUAAGAUAGCACUGCGCUUGCGCCAAUCACUGCACGGUUUGCGACCAACGAGGGAAGACGUGUAUUUUGUCUUCUUGCUCUUUUCACCAAAGCGAAACAGAUCUAAAUAUAUUAAUAUUUAUUAAUACAUCUCUAGUACUUUUGACAGAACGUAGUUCGUCACUUCAAAGUACAAAAACAUAAUGACUUUAUAAAUGUAUUAAUUCUAAAGACUGUUGAUAUCAGUUCACUUUUUCUCCAGUGUUUCAUCACAUUUACCAGUGAGUGAAGUUUGAAAUUAUCAUCUUGGAUGAUAACAGUGAUAUUCAACCAUUUUGAAGAGCUUGCAACCAACAUGACGUCAUAAAUUAGCGGACAUAUUCACACUCAUUUACAUAUCAAACAAAUUGAAAUAUCUCAGGAACAAACCAUGCAAACAAAAAACUGAAAAAUAAGUUGCACUACAGCUUAAAGAGUUAUCUCAUUUAAGAAAAUAAAAAAUUUCAUGUCAUAUGCACUUUAAAUAUCCUCAGUGUGCUUAUCCCACUCCCGGCAAGCAGCCAUAUUUUUAAGAUCAGUGAGGAGGUACACCCAUGAACCAUAGUCACGCGAUCAUUGAUGAACUUUAGACUUCGCUAAUGCGUUCCUUUCCCCGGGUGUAAAUAGCCGAACGGAGUUAGUACACUCGCCCUGGGCUAACGCCCGGAACGGCGCUCCGCGCCGUUGGCUCGGGGAUAAAUUACUGAAUGGAAAUCCGUAUGGAAGUUAAUGCUAUAAUAUUUGAAUAAGGUUCAUUUGGGCUAUCAAAUCGCAAUUUGCAUAAGGUUAAUUUAAACUAUCAAACUGACUUGCGUUAGUGGAGAUUUCAGUUUCCAUUACAAAAUACAGAGGAAGUACAUACAGACGUCUCACUUCGGGUUAAUUUAGCGUAAGGGAUUUUUUCAGUCCGCCAUGUUCUUAGCAAGGUGUCCUAAAGAGAGUCAGUCACCCCCUGAAAACAAAUUGAAAUUUAAUGUUCCAGGGGGUGAAUCCCUCUUCAGGGCACUUGCUAAGAACAUGGCCGCCAACUAGUUCGGAAAAACUACCUUACGGUUUUGCUGCAGAAGUAAGACCUCUGUAUGUGGUACAGUGUGCAGCAACCUUUCGCUUAUAUUUUCCAAACAUGGAUUUAACAUGAAGUAUUCGUAAUUGGCCAAUACUGAACGCAAGCUCGCGUUGCGCGUACACGGUUAUUUUUAAAUUUUUAAAAAAUUUCAUAUUUUUUUGUAUAAAAUGACAAAAGUAUUUGAAAAUUUAGUACUUUUUACUAUACAACAAUGAAUUUCCGAAAUAUAUAAUGUAGGUAUGUUGUUUUGCAUUCUGGUUUGAUUUAAUGUAAAAUUUAAUCUGAAACUCUUCGUUAAAAGAGCGAGAGCCAGUUGCAGGGAAUCCUUUUUAAUAUUUUUAUGUUUCCGUAAAUGUAGUUUUUCUACGCCUGGCCAUAGUCUUUCGAGACAUGGUCUGGAAACUCAGUAAACUUCAAAGCGGUUAUAAUGAGCUGGGAUUUUAUGUUGAGCCGUAUCUUACACCGUGCACAUCCUUUGUUUUAGGUUUAUUAAUAUUUAAAUAGCAUGGUUGAAUGACUGAACUGAAACGUUGCUAUUGGAUGAUUCGUUCAUUAUACUGAAAUACAAUGUGUUCAUUGACCGUGCACUGUGCACAAAACUGCAUAAACGCGAACAAAAAGAUAGAACAAAGACUUUAGCGGAGUUUCCAAACCAUGUUUUGAAAGACUAUGGCCUGAUACACUCAUUACAUGUUCGUUAUGGUUUGUCGUGGCUCUUAAACGGGCGCUUUCUUCGGCGAAAUGAAUUAGGUGCAUGUGCAGUAAAGAUUAAUUAAGCUUCGUGAGAAAAAAAAUUCGCAUCGCCAGUGGGUAGAAGUCAGUUCUAGUCACUGCGAAAGCCAUGUGCAACCGUAUUUCACAGACGUAUUUCGCCGUCGUUGAAUCAGGCCUUAAUAAACUUAAGUUAAGUGUCCAGCUUUGGAAACAGUUCUCACGAAGCAAACAUAUUUCCCAAUAAAUUCAGAAACAUAUUUUGUUUCUCCAUGUGAUUUCUUUAGCGGAAACAAUUGUUUCUUGUUUGUCCACUUCCGAGAAGAAGGCUGAAUAUAAAAGACAAUAUUGUUUCCUGGUUUGCACACCUUUGGAAAGAAGGCUAGGAAACAAUGUUUCCUGAUUUGCUCAGCUUCAGGAAACAUGACUUGGGAACAAUAUAACCUGGUUUGCCCAACUUCAGGAAACAUGCCUAAGAAACAAUGUUUCAUUGUUUGCCCACUUUCGGGAAACAUGGCUCGGAAACAAUGUUUCAUGGUUUGCCCACCUUCGGAAAACAUGGCUUGGAAACAAUGUUACCUGGUUUACCAACCUUUCGAGAUAAAAAAAAUUGUGAAGGAAAUUCUAUCUUGUAUUUUAUUAUAGAUGCCAUUGGUUCAGAAAAACCAACACAGAAAAGCAAGAAGUCGUCGAAAGAAAGCCCCAUGUGUAGUUCUUGUGCUUCAAAAGACGAAACACCGCUUUCAAGUGACCGGGACAAAUGGCCCAUUGGUAAAAUCGAAAUUGGUUGUUUUCAACAAAUUUGCAAACUACUCGACUUUGCUAAUCGUAGCAAGGAACCACUUGUGAGCGCUUUAGGUGGCUUCAACCAAACAGAGGCUGCAUAUAUUGGAAUAACAUAUGAAGCAAAGGGAGGAUUGGGGACUGCCGAAGAAGUGCUCUUUAAGUGGGGAUCAAGAAAUCACGAAAAUAAUGUGGGGGCUCUUAAGAAGAUUGUUCAAUAUACUUUGCAAAGGAUUGAUGUUGUUGACGAGAUUGAAAAAUGGGAGAAUUCGUCUGUUUGUCAUGGAUGCGGUAUUAAAUUGAACCAUUGAACUGAAUAUAACUGGAAGGCUAAGUCAGGGGGGGAGGAGUUGAAGCCGUGCUUGAAGCUUUCUUUGUAGAUAGACCAAGUCCUUUUUUUAAGAUUUUUUUCAAAAUAUGCACAUUUUUUAAUCAGAUAAAUCUUGCCCCAAAAUACCAGUUAUACCACCGAAUUUAAUUUAUAUCAGUAGUACGAUAAACAUAUUCGCAAACCAAACAAAUUAUAUUAGAAAUUAAUUUCUAAUUCGAAUUAGAAAAAAAAUACGAAAAAACACGACCAUAAGCAGGGCACAUGUUAUUUGUUCGUGCUACUAAAUACGUCGAGGUAUUCUCUAAAUUUUUGGUUUUGUUUUAAAAUCUCGCUUCAAAAUCGUGUUUCAAAAGUUUAUAAUAAUGCGCUCAGUAUCCGAUUUUAACUGUGUAUUGCUCUACAUGCAGGCGUACCAAAUACAUCAUAAUUUCAGCGUAAAAUUUGCAUUUAACAUAAAAUUGGGUUAGAAAUUUGAGUUUAUUCUAAUGCAAACGAAUAGGGAAAUAUAUCAGGAUUAUAAACUCAGACUCAUUUUCCGGGGACGGGUGCGUUUUUGCCGUUACUACCAUUUGUUGGCGCGUUAGUCCUUGCCUUGUCAGCCUGAUAAGAAUUGAAGAAUUGCCUUCUAACUGUAUGCAUCACACGCCUGGAUAAUUACCAGUGGUUAAUCUUAAUCAAGCGACCGCGCGCGCCUAUAGUACGAAGUACAAAAUAUACAUCGUAAUAAUUUGAAACAGUAUUAAAAUGUUGGAUGCACUUACUUGUAAUUCCUUUCAAUUUCUUUUCUUUCAAGAGCUUCCCAGGCUUGGUUUGAGAGGCGGCAUACUUCAGAUAUUGGGCGGAAAUAAUGAAUUGUUGUCGCACACAGCCUCGGUUAAAAACAAGUGA